AUGUCGUUGAAGCGAAGUCACACGACGGAGCUCGGCUGCAUAGCCUGCGAGGAGCUAACCGACCUCGGUGCAGGCAAGGAAGGAUGGCUCGUAGAAAACCCGAACCUUUUAUGCGCUCUAGACACUCACUCUCUCGCUCUUGCAAAUCGGUCUUUAAUCUUAAUCACAGGGUGGGACGAUGGGCCCCGACUCAAGAUCCGACCCGAAUUAUCCCCAAUCGAAUCCGAAAUCAUUUCUUCUUUAGAAUGGCUAGUGUUUGACGAGAUUAAAGUGAUAGCAGUCGGCACUUCACGUGGGUAUUUCAUGGUUUAUUCAUUGGAUGGUCUUCUAAUUCAUAGACAGUUGGUGUAUCCUGGGCGUAUACUGAAAUUAAGAGUCCGUGGAACUAAAAAAGAUAUUAUGAGUAGUCAAGAUGGGUCCAAUGAGGAGGUUUCGGUUGUUAUGCCGGGCGUCAUUGCUCGAUUUGAUGGCGCUGAUAUUCGGAAUAUAUUGCAAGAGUGGCUUCAAGAAACGAAUUCGCAGUUUUGGGAUGAAAAGCCGAAAAGGAGAGAUUAUGAGGAGUUAGGAAAUGGUUUUAAGAGAUUGCCUCAUCAGUUGUGGAGUGUUGAUAAAUUUGGGUGGUGUGCUGAUGCAGCUAUAACUGGAAUAAUGCCGCCUCCGCUAAUGGAAAUUCAGUCAAGUCAACGUUACUAUCGUGCAGUCACUAUUGGAGAGGAUGCUGUGAUUUCAGCUUAUAGGCUUUCAGAAGACAGAAGCAGGUCUUUAGUGGGAGCUAUUCUGUCAAAAGUUGUGCCUGCAGCAUUCUCUACUCUAUCUUCUGUUACUAAAAUGAUAUGGCGGGGUGACCGAACACCAACCAAAAAGUCAGAAGUAAAGCCUCAAUCGUUUGCUAAAGCUUCUCCUUUAACAUGUUUGAAGGAUCACCCAAGGAAAGGUGAGAAGCUCACAUUAUCACCUAGUGGAACAUUGGCUGCAAUAACAGAUUCACUUGGUCGUAUAUUGUUAUUGGACACUCAUGCACUGGUGGUGGUGCGACUAUGGAAGGGAUAUCGUGAUGCUAAUUGUCUGUUUAUGGAGAUGCUAGUUAAUAAGAACAGUGCGGGGGCAAGUUCCUCUUACUAUGAACCAUCAAAGAGUGAUUAUUGCCUCUGUCUAGCAAUUCAUGCACCUCGGAAAGGAAUCAUUGAGGUCUGGCAGAUGAGAACUGGACCACGUCUGCUAACAAUUCAAUGUGCUAAGGGCAGUAAAUUAUUGCAACCAACAUACAGGUUUGGAUCAUCAUUGGACUCUACAUAUGUUCCUCUAGAAGUGUUCUUAUUGAACGGAGACUCUGGUCAAUUGUCAGUUUUAAAUCGCCCUCUUAAUUGA